AAGCGAGGCCGGCCGCCGGCACUUCCUGUGGAGGCCGCAGCGGGCGCGGGCGCGGGCGCCGACGGGCCGAGCGCCGAGGGAGCGAGCGAGCGAGCUAGCCGAGCCUCCCGCCGCCGCCAUGGGCCGGAACGACCUGAUGGGCACGGCCGAGGACUUCGCAGACCAGUUCCUGCGCGUCACCAAGCAGUACCUGCCGCACGUGGCGCGCCUCUGCCUGACCAGCACCUUCCUGGAGGACGGCGUCCGCAUGUGGCUCCAGUGGGGCGAGCAGCGAGACUACAUCGACACCACCUGGAGCUGCGGCUUCCUGCUGGCCUCCUGCUUCGUGCUCCUCAACCUGCUCGGGCAGCUGACCGGCUGCAUCCUGGUGUUGAGCAGGAACUUCGUGCAGUACGCCUGCUUUGGGCUCUUUGGCAUCAUCGCGCUGCAGACGAUCGCCUACAGCAUCUUAUGGGACUUGAAGUUUCUGAUGAGGAACCUGGCCCUGGGCGGAGGCUUGUUGCUUCUCCUGGCGGAGUCCCGUUCCGAAGGGAAGAGCAUGUUUGCGGGCGUCCCCACCAUGCGCGAGAGCUCCCCCAAACAGUACAUGCAGCUUGGAGGCCGGGUCUUGCUGGUCUUGAUGUUCAUGACCCUCCUUCACUUUGACGCCAGCUUCUUCUCGAUUCUCCAGAACAUCGUGGGCACGGCUCUGAUGAUUUUGGUGGCCAUCGGCUUUAAAACCAAGCUGGCCGCUUUGACUCUCGUCGUGUGGCUGUUUGCCAUCAACGUGUAUUUCAACGCCUUCUGGACCAUUCCCGUCUACAAGCCCAUGCAUGACUUCCUCAAGUACGACUUCUUCCAGACCAUGUCGGUGAUCGGAGGCUUGCUCCUGGUGGUGGCCCUGGGCCCCGGGGGCGUGUCCAUGGACGAGAAGAAGAAAGAGUGGUAACAGACCCUCCCCGCCUGGCUGGGACCCGUGGCCGUCGAGGACUGGUUCGGGGUGGAUUCGACAUAACUGCCAGCAUUUCUGUAUCCUCUUCCCUCCCCUCCCUUGGUAAAGGCACAGAUGUUUUGAGAACUUUAUUUGCGGACACCUGAUAAUUGAUGGCUAAAUCUGCUCUGGCCCCACCACCUGGUAUCUGGCCACGCAGAGCUGGCCGGCCCGUGGUCAGCACCUCCCUCCCCAAGGCGGGCCGCGGCUUCUUGGAGUGAACAGCUUGCUUGGCCGUGGCCUCUCAGUCCUGUUUUUUUGGUUUCUUUUUUGGGGUGGGGGACCUUCAGGCUGUACUGUGAGCAGAUACAUUUGUGUAUCAUUCAAA